AUGAAGAAGGGUUACCACGAUGAAGAUGGAAUUGCCAAUGUACUUGCUAUGCGCAAGAUGAUUGCUGUGGGAUACAGCAUUACUAUGGAUACUGAUACUGACAAUGCUUUUAUUGUGCAUUGUGAUGGAAACCGAAAGAUGCGAUUUGUGAAUCGUAAGGAUGUGUAUGUGUUGGAGCAACUUGGAGCGAAUGUCAAACCAGGUGCCAAAGAGACAAGUGCAAUGUACCGUUGCCAGUUAAACAACUUAAAUAAUCAACCCCAUUUUGAACUUUCUUCAAACAAACAGAAUGGAUAUGCUGGACUCGAGAUGACCUCCAAGAUGGCAACCAUUCGAAAGAACAAGGAAGGAUUCACUCCAAGACAAGUCAAGGCUGUGAUGGAAGCGAGAAGUGCAAUGCACAUACUCAAUGCUCCAAGCACCAAAAGUCUGAAGUAUGCAAUCCGAUCUGGUCUCAUCAAGAACUGUCCUAUCACCAAAGAAGCGAUCAAUCAUGCCGAAGCAAUCUUUGGACCUGACGCCUCUACAUUGAAACGCAAGUCAACAAGACCAACUCCAAAGAAGAAGUACGACGACUUCUUCAGUCCACCAGCGGAACUGUAUCAACAUAAUUGA